UAAAGAAUUCCUAUGAUUGUAUAAUGGCUGGUUGUGGAGAACACAAGCACACACGUUCAUUAUAUCAUGGGAAGACAUUGAGAGGUUUCCUAAUUCUAUUAGGGCAAUGCUUAUCCGUUUAGCACGGCCAUAAUGAAUCCUAUUUGGCCAAUGUGCAUAAAUAUCACACGACUGCGUCUUCCACUUUCAGACAAUCACUAGGGCGCUGCAAGUUCAGUUCUAUCGAGUGCGAAAAUAAUAAUUUCAGUCCAUCUAAGGAAGAAUUUUUUCUUCCUGAUACAUCACUCCAUAGAGGAGAAAUCGCGGAGCUUCAAUUAGUGUGCGUUAAAAUUCACCAUCAUCAAAAAUGUUUCCUCUCCUCUUUUUAGCCUACGUUGUGGCUGUCAAGGUCUUCAAGAAAACUACCCCUAAUGGAAAGGUAACGGUGUACUUGGGCAAGCGCGACUUCAUCGAUCACUUGGACAGCGUUGAGCCGAUCGAUGGUGUGGUCGUGGUGGACAAUGACUACCUCCAGGGAAGGAAGAUCUAUGGCCAACUCAGCACGGUAUACAGGUUCGGUCGCGAGGAGGAUGAGGUCAUGGGAGUCAAGUUCAGCAAGGAGAUCGUUCUGUCCAAGGAGCAGGUCGUACCUCAAAUCGAGAAGCGCGACGAGAAGCCAACCCUCACCCCCAUCCAGGAGAAACUGAUCAGGAAGUUUGGCAGCAACGCUUUCCCCUUCACAUUCCAGUUCCCGACCAGCUCCCCCUCCUCGGUCACCCUCCAGCCCGGCGAGGACGACAACGGAAAGCCCCUCGGAGUCGAGUACACCAUCAAGACAUUCGUCGCCGAGCACUCCGAGGACCGUGGACACAAGAGGUCAUCCAUCACUCUGGCCAUCAAGAAAUUGCAACACGCCCCUCUGGCUCGUGGUCGCCGCCUGCCCAGUUCGCUGGUGAGCAAGGGAUUCACAUUCUCGCAGGGAAAACUGAACCUGGAAGUCACACUGGACAAGGAGCUGUACUACCACGGCGAGAAGAUCUCGGCCAACAUCACCGUCAACAACAACUCCAGGAAGGCCGUCAAGAACAUCAAGGUGUUUGCAGUGCAGCACUGCGAGGUGACAAUGGUGAACGCGCAGUUCUCCAAAUAUGUUGCCAGCCUGGAGACUCGCGAAGGAUGCCCCAUCACCCCGGGUGCCUCUUUCACCAAGACAUUCUUCCUGGUGCCUCUGGCUUCCAGCAACAAGGACCGCAGGGGAAUCGCCCUCGAUGGACAUCUCAGGGACGAUGAUGUGAACCUGGCCUCGUCCACCCUGGUGGCCGAAGGCAAGUGCCCGGCUGAUGCGAUGGGUAUCGUCAUCUCAUACUCGGUGCGUGUCAAGCUCAACUGCGGAACUCUGGGAGGUGAACUCGUAACCGAUGUGCCAUUCAAGCUCAUGCACCCUGCUCCAGGAUCCAUGGAGCGCGAGAAGGCUAAUGCUCUGAAGAAGUCCAAGAGCAUUGAGAGAACUCGCUACGAGAACUCGUGCUAUGCUGACGAUGAUGAUGACAACAUUGUCUUCGAGGACUUUGCUCGUCUUCGCCUCAACGAGCCUGACGAAUAAUCUGAUUCAAUUCUUAUUGAAUCAGACUUUGCUGCUUCCAACCAAGGGACUGCUACCUGACUUCAAUUCAAGUAGAACUCAGAAGAAUGGCGACCAUCUGUGAUGACUAAAUGAUGAAGGCAGUUAACUAUCCAUUUUAAAACAUCGAUUUCCAAACUUAAUUAAUUAUUGAAAUUUUAAAAUAAGGAAGUUGAAAACUUUUUACAUUUCAUUUUGAUUUCAACUUUACCAAUCCUACUGCAUGUCAAUUAGAAUAUUCAUUAGCAUUGUUUAUGAGAAUGGUAUAAGAAUAAUAAAUUCUGCUUAACAAUAAAUUAUCUUUAACAUAAUAACCAUAAUAUUGUGAUACAGCAUAAUUCAUGGUAUAAGUUUUAUCAAGUAUAUUUUUAACAUUGUGAACAGUAAUGAACACUGUAAAUAUUAAAAAGUAUUUUUUGAAUUGAUCGAGAAUAAUUUCUAAGAAUAUAGGUACCUAGCUUAAAUGAUUAAAAACACUGUUGAAUCUUCAGAAAUCUUAUUAGAAGAAGAUAAACACACUGUAUUUGCUCAUAAAAGUAUUGAAAAUAGUAUAGAUUUGGUUAGAUUCAGAAACAUUAAUCAAAUCAGAGAUAUUAUCAUAAGUCAACUUUCACACAAUAGUAAGUAAUUCUGCUGUUCUAUUCUUAGUAUUUUCAUUGAUUCUUUCUUUAAUUUCAUUCAUAAAUAAACGGAGUUUAUCAUUUGGAAAACCACCUAGAGAAAUCAAGAUGAAGAAAAAAUAAGAACAAUUAAGAUAAAAAUGAUGUUAUGAAAUUUGUGUGAACUGGUAUUUGUAACUUGAAAAUAACAAUAUUGUAAACAGCAAUGAUUGAACUUGAAUACAACUGGUGAGAUGAUAGGAUAGAAAACUUGAAGCAGAUAUCCGGAGUGAAGUUUCAUACAAAACAUCAAGCAAAAAAAUUGAAAAAUUUUAAAAAUUGAAAAAAAA